AACUCAUUUACCACUAAAGACGACACACAGCCUUAUGCAAAAGUCAUAAUGUCGGCAACAUCCUCGAGCCAAAUUGCAAUUAUUAUUAUUCUGCAUCUAUCAGGGAUCAAAGGAUUAUCAGUGGAGUCAGCUGCUGAAGUAAUUAGAUAUUGUGUGGGCCAAGCGAGCACCGUGGAGUGUUUGAAGCAGGAAGUGCUAUCAGGUUUGGAUACAGCGAUCAAAGACAAUAGUACCUGGUAUCUGAACGACUACCUUGCGCUCGAGAAGGAUAUGAAAUGGAGCUCGGAAGUAGACCAAGCGAAUCACAGUAACAACACCGGCGACUGGAAGAGCAAAAUCACGGAUCUCAUGGAGUCACGGUCUUUGAAAGUAAAGGUGCUACCUUUGGUCCAAGUGGAAGGACGAAAGAAGAAAUUCAAGGGUGGCAAGGGAGGAAUGGCGCUCAUGGGCGGAAUGGCAAUAAUUGGUCUGAUGGCGCAAAUGGUCAUAGGAAAGCUAUUGUUGCUGGCAGGUGGAGCGUUCGUUCUGGCGAAAAUAGCUCUGCUUUGGUCGAUCCUGAGCAGCUUCAGAAAAUCUGGGGGCUCGGGCGCGGGGGAGCACGUGAUUUACGCUGAAUCCGGAAGCACCAGCAGUUCUCAUGGAAGUGGCUGGCAUAGGAGCAUGCCACAUGACGCUCAUUACGACCCAUACAGUCAUCAUUACAGCGAGGAGUAUUCCCAAGACCCGCACUAGGCGCCUUGUGACCCACUGAAACAAGUGUUGUCAGUUUGUAGCAAUGUUUAAUAUAAAUUACACUUCAGUUUGAUAAACUUUUAUUAAUUCCUUAUUCCUACAAAAUAAAU